AGACAGUCCCCGUCCCCCCGCACCGGCGCCGCUCAGAUGAUCCACAGACCCAGCUCCGUCCCUUACAGAUAGCCGACAGGGUCGUCUUGAUGAUAGUCUCACGCCUAAAAAGGGCGGGGGGAGUGAGCCCGCUGUCGCUGCCGAUCCAGAAGUUACACAAAGCUGUGCUUUAAGCUUUUUAAUCUGAUGUUUUUUCAUCCUACUGUCUUGGAGCUUCAGGGUCAUGGCAAGGAAGGAGCCAGGAAAUGAAGCUCAGUUGGCGUUCUCGUCAGCCAGUCAGCGCCAAGAAGUACCUAAAAAAACAAACUAUGCUCUCAAAAAUACACUAGUGGGGCACGGGGCCGCAGUGUCUUCGGUUAAGUUUAGUCCUAAUGGAGAAUGGCUGGCAAGUUCUUCUGCUGAUAAACUCAUUAUAAUUUGGGAAGCAUAUGAUGGAAAAUAUGAAAAGACACUAUAUGGUCACAAUCUGGAAAUAUCAGAUGUGGCCUGGUCAUCAGACUCCAGUUGUCUUGUUUCUGCUUCAGAUGAUAAAACUCUAAAGAUAUGGGAUGUGAGAACUGGAAAAUGUCUGAAGACACUGAAGGGACACAGUAAUUAUGUUUUCUGCUGUAAUUUCAAUCCACCGUCCAACCUGGUUGUUUCAGGAUCUUUUGAUGAGAGUGUGAAAAUCUGGGAAGUGAAAACAGGAAAGUGCCUCAAGACUUUGUCUGCUCAUUCGGACCCAGUUUCUGCUGUUCAUUUUAACUGUAAUGGGUCAUUGAUAGUGUCAGGUAGCUAUGAUGGUCUCUGUAGAAUCUGGGAUGCUACAUCAGGUCAAUGUUUAAAGACACUUGUUGAUAAUGAUAACCCCCCUGUCUCUUUUGUAAAAUUUUCCCCAAAUGGUAAGUACAUUCUUACUGCAACUUUGGACAACACUCUUAAAUUGUGGGACUACACUAGAGGAAGAUGCCUGAAGACGUACACUGGUCAUAAGAAUGAGAAAUACUGCAUAUUUGCUAAUUUUUCAGUUACUAGUGGAAAGUGGAUUGUAUCUGGUUCUGAGGAUAACCUGGUUUACAUUUGGAACCUCCAGAGUAAAGAAAUUGUACAGAAAUUACAAGGUCAUACAGAUGUUGUGAUUUCAGUAGCUUGUCAUCCUACAGAAAACAUCAUUGCAUCAGCAGCCUUAGAAAAUGACAAAACAAUUAAACUGUGGAUAAGUGAGUAUUAAGGUCUUUGGAAAUCAAGUGCUAAAGCCAAGUUGGCAAAAUACUUAGAUGUUUGAAAACAUGAUUUCUCUGAAUUUUGAAGCGGUUUUGUAUUUCUUUUUAAAUUAGCAUUUUGUUGUAAGAUUUUUGAGACUCAGAAUUUACAAAAUGAGAUGGCUUCUGUAGCAAUCGUGACGCUUGUUGGGCUCUCUCUGGACAGUUUCCAGUUCUGUUCCUCUGAGUUAAUCCUAGCAGGUUGUUGUACUAGGAGUAUUUGGAAGUAAGGUUGAGAAGAUGGGAUGACUGAGGGGAUCAUGUGAGUUUGCAGAUUGUGGUCAGAUGAAUAAGCACAUAACCCUUGGUUGGUAAUGCCAGGAUUGAAGGUACAUGUCAUAUGAUAGCAUCACUCUUGGUGCUAUUCUACAUGAUGGGAUUCAAAAGUCUGUGGAAUCAAGUCUGCCAGCCUGGUGAGACUGUUAUAGUUAGGUUCAUUCAAAGAUUAAGAAUGACCUCUAAAUACCUUACUAGGCUGGGUUGUACUAUCUUACAAUUUUUUAGAGAAACUACAUGUCUUGAAUGAUUAAGAAUGCUCUCUUUUAGGACAUAGUGACGCUCAAACUCAAUUCAGAAAUCACAAACACCAUUACUGCCUGCUUCCCACCUCAACAGACAGCUAAAUUGAGUUUUCCUGCUCUUUAUAGCUUCUAUUGUAAAGUUGAAAAUGCAUGUUUGCCAAUCUAUAUUGUAAUGAUUUCAUGGGCCAUGUUUCCUAUUAAUAAAUUUUGC